AUGGCGAACGCUCCUCGGGUCGGGGCGAUCCUGGCAGCGAACGGCCAGAGCCUGCAGGGCCGAUCGGCUGUCGGCGCCGAGUGGGCCCUCUUUUGGCUGUCGAGGGAGAACCGCGUCCGCCGAGCGUGCACUCGAGUCAUCUCCCACGUCUACUUCGAGCGGUUCAUCCUCGCGUGCAUCGCGCUCAACUCCAUCGUGCUGGCGCUCGUGGACUUCUCGGUCGUGGACGACAAGCUCAAUCCGGUGAGCCACGGCAAGAGAUUCGAGGACGGCCAGGUCGUGGACGCGUACUCCAUGGCCAACCACACGGUGGAGAUCGUCGAGCACGUGCUCACGACCAUCUUCACGACCGAGUGCAUCCUGAAGGUCGUCGCGUUGGGCUUCACCGGCAAGGGGUCGUACUCUCGAGACACAUGGAAUGUCAUCGCCUUCAUCAUGCUCUUCUCCAGCUUUGUCGCUGAGAUCCCGGAUAUGCCGAAUAUCUCGGAGCUGCGGACGAUUCGCGUCCUGCGCCCACUGCGAUCGUUGUCGGCGUUUCCGGGGAUGAGGCGCUUGGUGUCGGCUCUCCUCAACUCCCUCCCAGCUCUUCGCAGCGUGGUGGGUCUGCAGAUUUUUGUCUUCGUCGUCUUUGGGAUACUCGGAAUUCAGCUUUUUGGUGGCCGAUUGGGCCGCGUGUGUCGGUUAACCGAGUUCCCCGUCAAACUUCCAGCUGGCGACCCACUCGCGUGGCCUGUACCGAAUGACUACCUCCAACAGGUUCUUGCUAACCCGUCAGCCUUUCGAUGUCUCGACGCUCCGUUGCUGGACUACACCGACAGCACACCCGGGUACAGCAAGGAGACGUCUCCAUGGCGAAUACCUCAAGACUGCUUCUGGCCCGUUCAUUACUCGGAUGGUUUACUAUGCGCUGACAUGUACCACACCGGGGGACAUCACUGCCCCGCAGGGUAUACCUGUGGCUCCAACUACGACGCGUUCGGGAACCCUCGCUUCGUCAACGACAGAGCGAUGCAAGACGCGUUGCAUACCGAUAGAUUGAACUGGGGGUACACUACUUACGACAACAUUGGAAGGGCGUUGCUGACUAUUUUCCAGUGUGUCACGGAGGAAGGCUGGACGCUGGUGAUGUACAUGACGAUGGAUGCGUCGCACCCGAUCGUCGGUGCGUGCUUUGCCGUCUCUCUCAUCGUUUUCGCGUCCUACUUCGUGAUGAACUUGACUAUCGCUGUGAUCAGUGACGAGUUCAAGAGUGACAAACCAGGAAGAAGGGCCUCUGUGAGCAGAGUGAGUCUAACGUGGAGUACGAAGAGACUUAUUACCGAUAGCGGAGCUCAGCUCGAAGCAGGAACACCGCUGUACCGCAUCGUGACGCACAAAUAUUUCUCCGAGUUUAUCACGGUUGUCAUCUUUGCUAACACGGUGGUUCUGUCGCUCGAUCACUAUCCAAUGUCCCAUGCGAUGGACACAAACCUUGAGCUGGCGCACUUUGUUUUUCUAUGCAUAUUCGUGGUGGAGAUGUUGCUGAAGCUUGGUGGACUUGGAUUUCGGAAGUACAUCCGAGACAAAUUCAACAUUUUCGACGCCAUCAUCGUGCUGGCAGAUCUGAUUGAGGCUGCGAUUGUACCGCCUUCGUUCCUGCGCUCUACGCAUACUACUUCACAGACGGGAUCGAUCUCACUAUUGAGAGCUUUCCGCCUCUUUCGCAUCUUUGAACUUGCUCGCGACUGGAAAUCGCUGCGGAAUCUGCUCCAAAUGAUCGCUACAACAGUGGCCAGUAUCGGAAACUUCGGGGUGCUGCUUUUUCUAUUCGUCUACAUAUUUGCACUGAUGGGAAUGCAGUUUUUCGGCAACACCAUGCGAUUCGACAAGUUCGGAUAUCCUACACCUCGAAAUGUUGAUGACUUCUGGAGUGGAACGGUUCCUCGUAGCAACUUCGAUACAUUACCGUGGGCGAUUGCAACGGUGUUUCAGAUCAUCACGGGGGAUAGCUGGAGUACCGUCCUGUACGAUACAAUGCGCGGUAAUGACAUGGCGGCAAGUGUCUACUUCAUCGUACUGGUGAUUCUGGGUGAUUUCAUCUUGAUGAAUCUGUUUCUAGCUCUGCUCUUAGACAACUUCGAAGCUGCGGCAGAAGGGGUCCUAUUGCACGACGACAGAAAGAAACCCAGCCCCUUGGCCAAGACGCUAUCGAUUCGAACUGUAAAAGUGUCCCCCGCAUCAACCAAGAGACGACCGUCCGGAACUCACGACAUGCUGGCCCGGUCUCUCAAGUCAGCCACACGACGGCAGUCGACGCUUGAAGAAAGAGCUCUAUGCGAUCUCUCACCCGAGCAAGGCCCCGUGGAAGCUACACCGAGUCACGAUGGGGAUCAGAGCUCAAACCAUGUGAGCGAGCCGAGCUACCGCCAAUUGAAGAAGUUGCUGAGUGUACCCCUUCACUCAUCGCAUGGCCCCGAUAUCGAUCACCUCAAGCCUGCAGAGCUGCCAAAGCUCCGAGUAUUCUGUGAGAGAUCACUCUACCUCUUUGGACCAAAGAGCAAGAUCCGCCAGUGGGCUGCUCAACUCUCGACCCACCCAACCUUCCACGCCGUCAUGUUUGCCUUCAUCGCCGCGUCUUCCAUCGUCCUAGCGCUGGAGAACCCUCUUCACGACCCCGAGUCGCUGCUGGCCAGAGUUCUGCUGACGCUCGACAAGGUGUUCGCGGUGGUCUUCCUCUUCGAGAUGGCCGUCAAGGUCGUGUCGCUGGGCUUGGUCCUGAACGAGGGCGCGUACUUGAGAGAUCCGUGGAAUGCCAUCGACGCGUUCGUCGCGGUCUCGUCGACCGUGGCGCUCUUUGCUCGGGUGUCGACGACCAACGGCAGUAUCAAGGCGCUGCUGUCGCUGAGAGACCUGCGCUCGCUGCGUCCGCUGCGUAUGAUCAGCCGUCGGCCGGGUCUGAAGCUGGUCGUGAGCGCGCUGGUCGAGUCGAUCCCGGCGGUGCUGAACGUGGUCUUCCUGUCCAUGAUCCUGUUCCUGCUCUUCAGCAUCGCCGCCGUCAACUUCCUCAAGGGCACGUUCCGCGCGUGCAGCGGGGACGUGUUCAACGCGCUGUCGGCCGAGCAGAAGGCGCUUCUGGUGUCGCCCGCGCCUUGGGACGCGCUGUCGGACGUCCAACGCAGCUGGUUCAGCGGCUCCGUGUGCGAAGGCUUCCGGACCGAAGACCUGACGUCGCAGUACGUGUGCGAGUGCUGGGGGGCGACGUGGAAGCCCGUGCUGUCCAAGAACUUCGACAACGUGGGGUCGGCCAUGCUGACGUUCUUCAUCCUGUCGACCUCCGAGAACUGGUCGGAGAUCAUGAAGGCCGCGUGCGACGCCACGCGCCCCGGCAUGCAGCCAAUUGCCAACAAUAAUGAGCUGUGGAUCGUCUUCUUCAUCGUGUUCAUGGUCGUGGGCAGCUUCUUCGUCAUGAACGUCUUCGUGGGGGUCAUCAUCGACAACUUCAACACGAUGAAGGCCAAGCUGGGCGGGGACUUCCUGCUCACGCCCGAGCAGAAGAAGUGGAUGGAGGCGCAGAAGUCGGCCACGCGCAUCGGGCCGAUCCGCAUCCUCAAACCGCCGCCGCUGAGCGUGCGCCGCCUGUGCUUCACGGUCGUGCGCACGCACUACUUCGAGGGGUUCAUCAUGAGCUGCAUCCUGGUCAACACGCUGCUCAUGGGGGCCCACCACUUCGGCGAGUCGACGUCGCAGCUGCGGGCCACGACCGUCGUGAGCGACCUGAGUACGAGCGUGUUCGCGGCCGAGGCGGCCAUGAAGCUGCUGGCGUACGGCAGCGCGUACUUCGAGGACCGGUGGAACCAGUUCGACUUUGUCGUGGUGGUUGGGACGCUCGUGGGCACCAUCGUGCAGGCGAUCGCGUCAAGCUCCGUGUGGUCGCUCACGAUGGUGGUGCGGCUCAUCCGCGUGGCGCGCAUCUUCCGGCUGGUGGAGUCUUCGAGCAGCAUCCGCGCGAUCCUGUCGACGCUGUACAUUUCGCUGCCGGGGCUCAGCAACAUCACGUCCAUCCUGUUCCUGAUCCUGUUCGUGUACUCGACCAUGGGCGUGCAUCUGUUCGCCAAGGUGGCCAUGACGAGCAACAUCGACGCGCACGCCAACUUCCAGAGCUUCGGGCGGGGCUUCCUCUUCCUGCUGCGCGCCGCGACGGGCGAGUCGUGGGACCACAGCAUGUACGACCUGGCGGCCAGCAGUCCGGGCUGCGUGAGCGACCCGCCGUACGACCCGCGCAUGUGCGGCUUCAGCGACGCCGAGGACUGCGUGCCGCUGAGCGGCUGCGGGAACCCCGUGGCGUACAUUUUCUUCUGCUCGUUCACACUGAUCGUGGCGUACGUGAUGCUGAACCUGACGGUGGCGGUGGUGCUCGAGAGCUUCGCGACGUCGCAGGAAGAGGAGGAGGAGUCGAUCCUCGUGCCCGAGCUGCUGGAGGGUUUCCAGUACAAGUGGGCGGCGCUGGACCCGACGGCCACGGGCUUCAUCCGGGUGGACAAGAUGCUGCCGCUGGUGCACGCGGUCAUGCCGCCGCUGGGGUGGUUCGGCAUCCCAAUGACGAUGUCCCAUUUCUUCCGAUACAUGCGCGCACUGCAGUUGCCUCUGUAUGAAGGCGAGGUGGUGCAUUUCCGCGAUGUCAUGCUGGCCAUGACAAGGGAAAUGAUGAACAAGGUUCGUGACUUGACGUUCGCCAACAACGGCAUGGAUAGUUACGGUGAUCUGCAUGCUGGUAAAUCCAAGUCGAAACGGUUUGCACACGAGUAUUUUGCUGCGCGGCGCAUUCAGCGAGGCGUGACGCAGUGGCUGCUGACCAAGCGGCGACUGGAAAAGGAGUACAUGCUCGAGUACAUUCGCAAGGUGAAAAGGCCCAACAUCCGUCCAAAGAAGCAGUGCGGGGCACGCGUCCACACCAUCAUGGAAGAGGCCCCACCUACGCUGUCACAUUUCGCUACAAAGUAGGCAGGCCCUUGCCACCGCUAACGAGAACUUCGAGCAGGGUGGCGAGGCAACAGCGAGUAGAGUACGCGAAUGCACUCAAUAAUACUUACUCCUGUUAUAUACAA